UGUCGGCGAAAAAAAAACGCAAUAAAAGCAACGGGAUCGGAAAAUAGUUGUUGCGAAAUCUUACAUCAGCAGAGCCCUAGAACUGCGAGUGGCCAGUUAAGCGAGAAAUCGGUGCGAGUUGUGGGCACAUCCGAAUUUCGAGACCAACUCUUGACAAUUGAACUCUUUCGACAACUCAUUCGACUCCAUACCCAAGUCGACCGUGAGUAUCAUUCUCAUCAUUCCUAUCGAAAUCGCGACGCUGAAUUUUUCAUCCAGAAUUUCGCCAUGGCCGAUAUCGAUGUCAAGGUCGCUUCCUGGAAGCUGGUUGAGGUUGGCCGCCUGGUGCUGAUCCGCGCCGGUCCUUACGAGGGCAAGCUUGCCGCUAUUGUCGAGAUCGUGGACCACCGCCGUGUCCUCGUUGACGGUCCCUCCACCGUUGAGAACAACGCCGUGCCCCGUCACGUUCUCGCUCUCUCCCACGCCACCCUCACCCACUUCACCAUCCCCAAGCUUCCCCGUGCUGCCGGUACCGGUCCCGUUAAGAAGCUCUGGGCUAAGAACGAGAUUGACGGCAAGUGGGCCAAGAGCGCUUACGCUCAGAAGACCGACCGUGCUGAGCGCCGCAAGAACCUCUCCGACUUCGAGCGCUUCAAGGUUCUGCGCCUCCGCAAGCAGGCUCGCUACGAGGUCCAGAAGUCUUUCGCCAAGGUUCGCGCUGCCACCAAGGCAUAG